GCGAGCGUCUUCACAGUAGGGACCAUCUGCCUUCUUGUGACCGCAGGCCGGCUACAGUAACAUUAAAGUUGUUCUAAAGGUGGUGAAGGCGUUGAAUCAGGUUGUUCCUGUCGGACAGCGAGCUGCCUCUGCUCCGCUGCUAAACAUAGGUCACAUGCUGUCUGACAACACCUCUCUGGAUUUGCUGACAGGCGACUCUCACUUCCUUUCUCUCUACGGGACAGGUCUCUUCUUCCCACUGCAGGCAAGCACAGAUCACCUCACUGUCAUGUGCUGAAGAUCGGUGUGUGGUGAGCUGUGUUUGACAGUAGCAGCGAUGACGGCUGGAGUCAGGACGUGUGUUUUGGGCAGAGCUGCAGCUACCUGCAUCCUAACGCUGUGGCUCGGCUCUUUGCACGUGAUCGCUCUCAAACCAAAACUUUUCACCAGGCUCGCUCGGUCACCUUCCUCCUCUGAGACCCCUAUCAGCUAUGAGACAUUUUAUUUUGACCAGAAGAUUGAUCACUUUGGUUUCCUAGAGGACGGCACCUUCAAACAGAGAUACCUUGUGGCUGACAAACACUGGCAGCAACCUGGGGGACCUAUUCUGUUCUACACUGGCAAUGAAGGCGAUGUCACCUGGUUCUGCAACAAUACUGGCUUCAUGUGGGAAAUUGCGGAGGAGUUGGGCGCCAUGCUGGUUUUUGCAGAACAUCGUUACUAUGGAGAGUCCCUGCCAUUUGGACAAGAGUCUUACAGUGAUAGCAAACACCUGAACUACCUGACAUCAGAACAGGCCCUGGCAGAUUUUGCAGUGCUUAUUCAGAACCUGAAGAGCACUAUAACUGGAGCUCAGCACAGCCCUGUCAUUGCUAUCGGAGGUUCCUAUGGAGGGAUGCUAGCUGCCUGGUUCAGGAUGAAAUACCCCAAUAUAGUUGUUGGAGCUCUGGCAGCCUCCGCACCAAUAUGGCAAUUCCCUGGGAUGGUGCCAUGUGGAGACUUCUACAAAAUUGUCUCACAGGACUUUGCCAAGAGUGGAAUUAACUGUGAUGCAAACAUCAGAAAGUCAUGGAAGGCUAUUAACAAUGUCUCUUCCACUGCGUCGGGUCUCCAGUGGCUGUCAGAAGAAUUCAGUUUAUGCUACCCCCUUAAAACCAAGAAUGAUGCUGUCGGCUUCAAGAGCUGGCUUCAGGAGACCUGGGUGAAUCUGGCGAUGGUGGACUACCCCUAUGAAGCUGAUUUUUUGCAGCCACUUCCUGGCUGGCCGAUCCAGGUGGUGUGCAAGUAUCUUUCCUUGGAUUCUGCUGUGUCUGACCAACAGCUGCUGCAUGGUGUGUCCCAAGCAGCAAAGGUCUACUACAACUACACUGGAAGCGCUCCCUGUCUCAACACAUCUCAAACUGCAACCAGCAGCCUCGGUUUCCUUGGCUGGUUUUACCAGGCCUGCACAGAGAUGGUGAUGCCCAUGUGCACAGAUGGCGUCCAGGACAUGUUUGAACCUGAGGAGUGGAACUUUCAGGCCUUCUCUGAUGAAUGUAAUGGCAUUUUUGGUGUCAGGCCACGAGCUGACUGGGCGGGCACAGUCUACGGAGCGAAGGACAUCGCCGCUCACAGCAACAUCGUCUUCAGUAAUGGUGGACUCGACCCGUGGUCGGCUGGUGGAGUGACUCACAACAUAACAGAUUCUCUGGUUUCCAUUAUGAUUCCUGAUGGAGCCCAUCACUUGGACCUCCGCUACAGCAAUGACCGUGACACACCUUCAGUCCGCGCUGCUCGGGCGUUAGAGGUGAUGUAUUUUCGAGAGUGGAUCAAGCAGGCUAAAAAGACUCCUCAAACUUCAUCAACCCUUGGAUCCCAAUGAUGUUACCCAGCUGGGAUAUCCAUGAUAUCAAGGAUUGCAUAGCUUUAAUUUGCGUGACGCGGUAUUUCAAAGGGUGCUCUCUGCAUCAUUAUGCCAAAGUUUGUGCCUUUUUUAAUAAAUGCUGAAGGUGAUUUUUUUAACAUUAAAAUAAUGACAAUUUUUUAUUUCAAUUUCAGCACCACUCUUAAUUGUAAUAGCAAUGCCUUAAAUCACUUGAGAGCAUGUUAAUCAUGUAGCCAUGUUCAAUGUUGGUGUAUCAGACUGCAGUUUUCUUAGACUUAAUGAGACACACUCCAUUUCUUUAUGCCAAACUCUAAAUUUCCAGGGGCUUAAAGACAGAAAGGUACUCUGUUAUGAGAAAAAAAAGAUCUGUUUGUGAUAACAAUGUUGUAUAAAUGUCUUUCUUUGUUAGUUCAAGUAAUCACAUUAUCAUCAUCAAAAGACUGGAUCAUCCCCAUUUUGUUUAUCUCCAAUGUAAAGUUUGCCAAAAACCCAUUGAGGGUUGUUUUGUUGUUUGUCAGUGUAACAAUCAGGGAUACAUUCUGAGUUAUCUGUAAUUUCACAUUUUGUCGAUUUAAUGUUUUAUUUAAAUUGACGCCCUUUAUCUUUUUUUGUUGUCAGUCUUGCUGUUUAGCCAUGGUUGUAAUUUAGCUGUAUUGUUUCUUUACAGAUAAGUGUAUAAUGUGAUAUGCCUCUUAACACUUAGUCUCAGGAGAAAAGUCUGGCACCAAAUAUAAAGAAAAUCCUUUUUUUAAAAUGCAUCAUCUGCACUGAGUGUAAUAAUAAACUUGAUUUGUUACUGUUCACAGAGGAA